GUCACAUCCUGGACUGGUCACACUCCCUGCACCUGUACAACUUGCAAAAAUCUGUCGGCGGAAUCCUUUUAUUUCUUCAGUUCUUCUUUUCCGAGUUUGGGCGACGAGUAAUGUAAUCUCUCACAGAAAAGUUGGCCCAUUUCGAAAUUGCCUCAGUCAUGUUUUGGCUUAAAUCCGUACAGAGGUGCCGGCAGCAUCUGAACAGCAGGCUCUGCCAAGUCCGCUGUAACAGAGUUUAUUCCGGGAGAACUCUCACUCUCUCUGGGCCGAGCACUCCGCGAUUCUUCAGAGACUCGUCCGGCGUUUGUAGCUCCCUCCGACUUAGACCACUGUCCAUCCGCUACAGUUGCAGCGCGAAUAUACCCCAGCCCGCUGACAUGGCUAGUAAGACCGCCCACUUCGUCCUGCCCAACACGCAGCCCAUCGCCGAUCUGGACUGCAAGAGCGCCUUCGAGAACCUGACCGAGAAGGAGAAGCUCUAUGCCCACCACUUCAGCAAGGCUUCCUGGGACGGAGGCCUCAUCGCUGUCAUCCAGUCAAGCCCUGAGGCGCCACUUGUAUUCUCCCUGCUGCACCGCAUCUUUGUGGCAGAGAAGCCGGCGGAGCUCAGGGUUAAGGCUCUUGAAGCAGGAGUCAGCGUCGAUGAGUAUACGGGCUUCCUGGUCUAUGCGUGCGGCGUGUUCGCCAACGCGGGCAACUACAAGGGAAUGGGCGAUAGCAAGAUCGUGCCCAAUCUGCCCGAGGCGAAGUUCGAAGCUAUUGUACGCUCCUCCGCUGCCUACGCCACCGAGCCACGCGUGGGCAAGAUCUUCGAGAAAGUCAAGGAUUUGGUGUAUGCAUUGGAGUCGCGAAACGAAAUACUGGGAUUCGCUCCCGAUGGAAUAACCACAUACUGGUCAGAUAACUGCACCAAGGAGGAUUCUGAGAUUGUCAACAAGUGGCUAACCUCCAAGCGCAUCGAACCCUACAUGUGCCGCACGUUCAAGGUGCUGGAAAAUGGUCAAACCAUCUACGAUGUCAAGUUGGGGUCGGUGGCGGAGUCCCCGCAGGACGGGAUCACACUGCCUCUGGAGGAGUUCAACGGCAACAAGUUCCGCGUAACCCGUGGUGACUACCGAAAGCUCCUGCAGCGCGUCAACAUGCACCUUUUGGAGGCCCAGAAGUACGCGGCCAACGAAAAUGAGUCCAAGAUGAUCGAGCACUACGUUCGGUCCUUUGAGCAGGGCUCGCUUGCCGAGCACAAGGACGGAUCCCGCUGGUGGAUCAAGGACAAGGGACCCGUUAUUGAGACCUACAUUGGCUUCAUCGAAACCUACAGGGAUCCGGCUGGAGGUCGCGCCGAGUUUGAAGGCUUUGUGGCCAUGGUGAACAAGGAGAGCUCAGCUAAGUUCUCCGAGCUUGUGAAUCGCGCCGAGAAACUGGUGGAGUACCUACCCUGGACGAAGCCGUACGAGAAGGACUCCUACCUGAAGCCGGACUUUACCUCCCUCGAUGUGCUUACCUUCGCCGGCAGCGGAGUGCCCGCCGGCAUCAAUAUUCCCAACUACGACGAAAUCCGCCAGGACGAGGGCUUUAAGAACGUCUCACUGGGCAAUGUGCUGGCCAACAUCAACCGCAAGGACCCCAUUCCCUUCCUGACCGAAGAAGACCAGACCUUGAUGAAGGAGUACAAGGUGAAGGCCUUCGAGGUUCAAGUAGGUCUCCACGAACUCCUGGGUCACGGCAGCGGCAAACUGUUCCGGAUCGACGAGAAGGGAGUCUACAACUUUGACAAGGAGAACACCGAGAACUUGAUCACUGGCGAAGGCAUCUCGACGUGGUACAAGCCGGGAGAAACAUACGACACGAAGUUUGGGGCAAUUGGAUCUUCGUAUGAGGAGUGUCGUGCUGAAGCCGUGGGACUAUAUCUCUCCCUGCAGCGGGACAUUCUGGAGAUCUUCGGUUUCAAGGAUAAGGCGGAGCAGGACAACAUCAUUUACGUUAACUGGCUGAGUCUUAUUUGGAACGGCAUGGGCGUGGCCCUGGAGAUGUACAACCCCAAGUCAAAACUGUGGCUGCAGGCCCACUCUCGCGCCCGGUUCGUCAUCAUGAAGGUGCUCCUGGAAGCUGGCGACGGACUGGUGAAGAUUGAGGAAACCGAGGGCGGAAAAAAUCUUCUGCUGACAGUGGAUCGCAGUAAGAUCGAGACCGUGGGAAAGAAGGCUCUAGGGGACUUCCUUACAAAACUCCAAGUCUACAAGUCAACGGCGGACAUCCAGGCGGCCAACAAGAUGUACGAACACUACUCGGAGGUGAACGAGAGCGGGUCGCAUCCGUGGGCCAAGUGGCGGGACAUUUGUUUGGCGCACAAGAAGCCGCGCAUGAUCCUCGUGCAGGCCAACACUGAGGUGGGCAAGGACCAGAAGGUGCACCUGAAAACUUACGAGCCAACUCACGAGGGCUACAUCCAGUCCUGGGUGGAGCGCUACCCCUCCACGGACAUUGACGACCUGCUGGAGUCGAUUGUGGAAAAGGACAAGAAGUACUUUCCGACCGCCUUCGAAACCUGAAUUGUUACGCAUUUAACAAUGUCCCAUAAGCUUGUACUAUGAUUUUCAAGUAAUUACUAAAUUGUCAUUUAAUGACGAAGUAUACAUUA